AUGGCUUACUUUGGCGCAAAGCAAAAUCGAUUAAAGGAAAUUACACCACCUCUUCAACGACCAAAUAACACCUUAGCAGUUACCGACAGUGAAAAAGCAGAUACACUAGCGAAUGAACUAUCAAUAUUUUUCAUACCACAUUCAAUCUCACCACCACCUCUACAACUUGAAAUGGUCACAGAGUCACUCCUCUCUCCACUACCUAUGGCCCUACCUGCUAACCUACCUCACCAGCUGAAAUAAGGGGGAUUAUAAAAAAAUUGGCCAACAGGAAAUCUCCUGGCCACGAUCUUAUAACCAACAAAGUAAUCAAAAACCUACCGGCUAAAACAAUAAUUCAUCUAACUCAUAUAUACAACGCUACCCUCCGACUUUCCUAUUUUCCAACAACUUGGAAAUCCUCAGUAAUCGUAAUAAUACUUAAACCUGGCAAACCACCAGAAAACCCAUCCUCAUACAGACCCAUAAGUCUUUUAAUAAGUUUUUGGAAAAGUUCUGGAAAAAAUUUUACUAAAGCGUCUCUCUGUCAUAACCAAUGAAAACAAAAACUUGUCUAACUUCCAAUUUGGUUUUCGUGCAAACCAUUCUAAAACCCACCAGCUACACCUAGUCGCCGACACAAUCUCAACUGCUUUGGAAACAAAAAAAUACUGCGCUGAAGUAUUCUUGGAUGUUUCCAAAACUUUUGACACCGUCUGGCACGAAGGAUUACUCUUCAAAUUAAAACCAUUAUUUCCUGCCCCUUACUAUCUCUUAUUAAAAUCGUACUUGGACAACCGCACAUUCAAGGUUCGCCACAACCUUCAACAUUCAAAACAAUUCCCCAUUGCUGCUGGGGUCCCGCAAGGCAGUGACAUAGCACCUUUUCUAUACAUAAUUUUCACAUCUGAUCUACCCACCUCAGAAAAAACAAUCAUUGGUGCUCACGCAGAUGAUACUGCGCUUUUAUCUACAGCUGCUGAUCAUAUCACUGCAAGCCUUCAACUACAAUUACACAUUGAUACUCUUUCUCAAUGGUUCACUAAAUGGAAAAUUAAAAUCAACGAAUCGAAAUCUUCCUUUAUCAUAUUUGCACUCAGGCCCCAUAACUGCCCUCCUAUAUCAAUAAAUAACAUCAUUAUUCCUCACUCAAAUGAAGUGAAAUACCUCGGCUUAAUAUUCGACAGACGCCGAACAUGGUCAUCUCAUCUAAAAACAAACGCAAAAAGCUAA